GUGACCGCCCCCCCGUCCCACGUGAGGCCGCAGUCGGAAGGUGUCAUGGCGGCGGCGCUGCGCUGUGUCCUGGUGGUCGCUGUGGCGGUGGCGGUGACUGUGGCGUUGGAUAACGGCGUGGCGCGGACGCCGCCCAUGGGCUGGCUGCACUGGGAGCGCUUCCUCUGCGGCACCGACUGCGCUGCUGAGCCGAACCGCUGCGUCAGCGAGCGGCUGUUCGCCGAGAUGGCCGACGUGAUGGCCGCGGAGGGCUGGAAGGAAGCGGGCUACGAGUUCGUCUGCAUCGACGACUGCUGGAUGGCGCCCACGCGGGACGAGCAGGGCCGGCUGCGGGCGGACCCUCGGCGCUUCCCCGGAGGCAUCCGCGCACUGGCGGACUACGUCCAUUCCAAAGGGUUGAAGCUGGGGAUCUACAGCGACGUGGGGAACGGGACGUGCGCCGGCUUCCCCGGCAGCUACGGGCACUACGAGCUGGAUGCCCAGACCUUUGCCUCCUGGGGCGUGGACCUGCUGAAGUUCGACGGCUGCAACGCCGGCUCGCUGGGGCUGCUGGCAGAAGGUUACAGGAACAUGUCUCUGGCCCUGAACAAGACUGGCAGACCCAUCGUGUACUCCUGUGAAUGGCCUUUCUACCUGAGGCCCAUGCAGCAGCCCAACUACACGGAGAUCAAACAGUAUUGCAAUCAGUGGAGGAACUUUUAUGAUGUCUAUGAUUCUUGGAACAGCAUCAAGAGUAUCAUGGAGUGGACAGCGCUUCACCAGGACAGCAUCGUGAAGAUAGCUGGGCCGGGGGGCUGGAAUGACCCUGACAUGUUGGUGAUUGGGAACUUUGGGCUGAGCUGGGACCAGGCGGUGACGCAGAUGGCGAUGUGGGCGAUUAUGGCAGCGCCGCUCUUCAUGUCCAAUGACCUGCGGCACAUUAAACCAGAGGCCAAGUGGCUGCUCCAGAACAAAGAGGUGAUCGCCAUCAACCAGGAUCCGCUGGGCAAGCAGGGCUAUCGCAUCACUAAGGAAAAGAACUUCGAGCUGUGGGAACGGCCCCUGUCCAACAGAGCCUAUGCUGUGGCAGUCCUAAACCAGCAGGAGAUUGGGGGACCCCAGAACUUCACCUUCUCCCUUGCCUUCCUCGGCAAUGGGCUGGCCUGCAACCCAGCGUGCUGCAUCCAGCAGAUCCUGCCGACCAGCAGGGACUGGGGGGUUCACAACUGGGUCUCCACCCUGAGCGUAGAAGUGAACCCAACAGGCACUGUACUGCUCAAAGUAGUGCCGCUAUAGGAGGCGUGAUUUUUUGUAAGCCUCAUGCUCUGCACCUCUUGUCCUAAAGCAUUCACUACUCAAGAGCUUCUCUGUGGACGCUGAACCUUCUGCCUCGUGUAACAAGCACCUGUGACUCCAUUACCAUGAGAUAACAGAAAAAGGGGCGCUGCUUCUCUCCCGUUUACCCUUUCUCUGGCAUCUCACCCAGCUCUCUUCCAAGAACCCCAGCAGGGCAACAACUCCUUGCCACUACAACCAAAGAUACGUAAGAGGUGCGUGCAGCAUCCUACAGCUCUUCUUCAGCAUUUCAGGUACAAAGUGGCAGCACAGCCCAGCUGCAGUGCACACCUGUGGACACUUAGUCCACAGCUAUGAAAAGCUGUUCCUGCCCCUGCUGAAGAAACUCAACACUGUCCUGAGAGCGUAGCCACCUCCAUCCACCUUCUGAACUCAGGGACUGGCCUAAAUCACAGCACUCCUUAGCAAUUGAUUUCUUAGCGGUCGUCUGCUUCAAGUGAUGUACGAUGCCUUCAAACUGAGCUUUGACGGUUUCUCCUCAUCUCAGAAUUCACCUCAGCAGUGGCUGUUCCUUUGGAUGAACAGUUCCCCACUCCACUCCUCAUGGGGCCACUGGGGAAUCCCCCAGUGAACUCCCUUCCAGAAAUAACUGCUUGCUUUCCCCUGGUGGCAGCAGCCUUUAGCUUAAAUGCCCUCCUGGUGCAGGAUACAGCUGCUUAACCACUUGUACAAGUACAUUCUUUUCAGGCUACUGCACAAUCUGGAUGCCUUGAUUUGUUCUACUGUGUUUACAAACUCCAACUGAAGCCUUCCUAAGAAGGGGUACCUGUACAGGAGUACCAACCAUGGUAGCUGAAAUUAAAUCAAGUUUUGGAAAACA